AUCGCAAAAGGCUAUGGCGGACUGCCUAAAGCCACACACGGAUGUCGCGCGACGCAGUGGGCAGGUCGACCCAACCAAGGGUUUAAAAGGCACCACUCGGCCGUCCCACGCUUUCCUUUGACCGGCAAAAACAAAGAGAAGACGCAAGAGCACCACGCACACGAGGAGAAGCAGCCGCGCCGCACGCCCGCACCAAGAAUCUACCACCAGCAGCCACCAAGGUACCAUUACGCUACCUCCUGUGCUAUAGAGCGGCGCCGCAGAUCGAUCGACCGAUCCAUCCACCGAUCGGGAUGUGGGAAGGCGGCGGCAGCCACGCCCACGAGGCGCUCCUGCUGCAGGCCGCCGGAUCAGGAGCGGCCGACUACGGGCACGCCGGCCCGUCGCUCCUGCGGCCGUGGCUCGGCCCGGCCGCCGCGUCGGGGUUCUCCUACAUGGCCCCAAACCACGCGCAGCCAGGGCCCUUGGGCGCCGAGGCGGCGGUCGCGAGCCGUUUCGGCUUCGGCGGCGGCGGGUACAGCGAUGGCGGGGUGGAGCAAGAGCAAUUCGUGGUGAUCGGCUCAGCCGAGACUGUGCCUCCGCGGCACAGUCUGCAGGCUGCUGGAGUUGGUGGGAGGACGACGGCGCUGCUGCCGCACGGGCCGAGGAUGGUGUCGGGACUUCUCGGGACCCUGCAGGCGGAGCUGGGGCGGAUGACGGCCAAGGAGAUCAUGGACGCCAAGGCGCUGGCGGCCUCUCGCAGCCACAGCGAGGCCGAGCGCAGCCGCCGCCAGCGCAUCAACGGCCACCUCGCCAAGCUCCGCAGCCUGCUCCCCAACACCACCAAGACGGACAAGGCGUCACUGCUGGCCGAGGUAAUCGAGCACGUCAAGGAGCUGAAGCGGCAGACGUCGGCGGCGGCUCGGCAGCGGCACCUGCUGCUGCCGACGGAGGCGGACGACCUGUCGGUGGACGCCGCGGAGGACGGCGACGACGGCAGGCUCGUCGCGCGGGCGUCGCUGUGCUGCGAGGACCGCGUGGGCCUCAUCCCCGACAUCGCCCGCGCGCUCGCCGCGCUCAGCCUGCGGGCCCGCCGCGCCGAGAUCGCCACGCUCGGCGGCCGCGUCCGCAACGUGCUCCUCAUCACCACUGCCGACGACGACGACGAGGAAGGAGAGGGCCACGUCGAAGGCGGGUGCGCCGGCGCCUCGUCCAACCGGAGGCACGAGCUCGUCGCGUCCAUCCAGGAAGCGCUGCGCGGCGUCAUGGACCGCAAGACGGCGAGCAGCGACACGUUCUCAUCUAGCGGCGGCGGCGGCGGCGGGAGCAUCAAGAGGCAGCGCGUGAGCGGUCUGCAUGAGCAAGGUUCGCUUUAAUUAGCGUGCUCAAAGUAGCUAGCUAUGUUGUCGUGGUCCUUCCUCGAUCCUAGCAUGAAAUAUCGAAGCAUGCUUGCAUGGCUAGCUUGCUUCUGCAGAAACUCAAGUUGAUUAGUACAGUUAUAAAGCUAUAAUCACUUCAAAGUUUAACCUUGGAACGAGCUGGCUCUUCUUUUUUUGUCGCUAUAUAUGGCAUGGCACUAUGGCAGUGGUGUGUGAGAUAGACGUGGAGGGGGAUAAGGGUGUACACAUGUAUAAUCUCGGGGGUUAUUAUAAUGUAAGAUGGAAUUGGUGGGGUUGGUCAUUUAUUUCUUCAGUGUGCCAUGCAUGGAGCCAUGGAGGUUCACUCUUUUUUCACUUUUCAUCACAUUGUCGUUGGCAUCCCAUUGCCAAUACAUUUGUGGAUUUUAAUAUGGUAUACAUUUUUUUGAUGUUUUUCCGGCCUCA